AUGGCUCUUGAUGCGAAGAUGGACACGCUUUUGUCGCAGAUGGGUAUGGUGGUCGCUUCGGUGCAGAGACAUGACACUGCGUUGGCAUCGCUCACCAACGACAUGCAGGGCAUGCGCAACACCAUGGAGGAACAGAUCGCAGAGCAAGAUGGCAAGUUUGGCGCGAUGCAAGAACAGAUCGCCGCACUACGAGUUCAGCGUCCUGGCUCGCACGUGGUUGACGCUGAUGAAGACAUGAUCGACACCGGCCUGAAUAUCGAUCUGCUCGCGGCCAAGACGGAUGAGAAGAUUAGAAAGAUGGAGGGAUCCAUCGGUAAGUUCGCGGCCACGUAUGGCUAG